AAGAAGAGAGGUGAAGGGGGGGGAGAAGGGGCGGGAUGCUUCCUGGCCAUCUGACCUAUCGCUGUGCUCACUUUUGGAGGCCUGUAGGUGAUGCUCUCGCAGAGAGGAGAGGACACGCUCGCUGGAGCCCGUUCAAGUCAUCUGCGCAGAGGGCGAACACGUCGCCGGGUGACAUUUGGCACCGCUAAUUGCCUCCCUGAUUAAUUAGACUACCUGUGAUGGUGCAAAUUGUAGUGGGGCUGCUCCCUGCUGAGCUGUGAACUCCCGCUGUUCACCAUGAGAUCACAGAGGACGGGCUCUUACUGGACGAGAUGACAGCCGACAAAGAGAAGAGGAGGGCGAUCAGCCGCGAAGCCGCCCGAAGGAGGCGCCGAGUGGAGUCCGACGUGUUCGCGGACCUGUGUCGCCUGCUGCCGCUUCAAGCCUCGGUCCGGGCUCACCUGGACAAACCCUCCAUCAUCCGCCUCAGCCUCAGCCACAUGCGCCUGCAGGCGCUGCUCAGAGGCGCCGCUGGGAGAAACGCAGAGGUGAAAUACGGCCGAGUGGCCCAACGUAGGGAGGAGUGGCCGAAGGAGGAGAGAGAGGGCGAGAGGCGGGAGCACGCGGCUGUGGAGGAGACCAACCUGUACCUAAAGAUCCUGGAGGGCUUCGUGAUGGUCAUCUCCACCGAGGGAGACAUGAUCUUCCUGUCUGAGAACGUCAGCAAGUACAUGGGUUUGACGCAGACGGAGUUGAUGGGACACAGCGUCUUCGAGUUCGCACACCCGUGCGAUCACGAGGAGAUCCGGAGCAACCUGCGUCUGACGGCAGAGGAGGCCUGGCAUGGGGCCCGGAGGGACUUCGUCAUGAGGAUCAAAAGCGCCCUGACCCACCGAGGACGAGGCACCAACCUCAAGUCAGCGAUGUGGAAGGUUCUGCACUGUCAGGGCCGCGCCAGGGCCUGCGUGGCCCCGGCCUCCGUCUCCUGCCUCCUGCUGACCUGCCAGGCUCUGCCCCUCUCGCACACGCUCCUCAGCGCGCACACCUUCACCAGCCAGCACAGCAUGGACAUGAGGUUCACGCACUGCGACCACAGAGUGACUUUGCUUCUAGGCUACAGUCCUGAGGAGCUGCUGGGUCGCUCCAUCUACGAUCUGUGCCACACGCUGGACACAAACACGCUGAACAAAAACCACGUGAACUUGUGUCUGAAGAGCCAGUCGGUCAGCGGGCAGUACAGGAUGCUAGUGAGAGGAGGAGGCUACAUCUGGGUGGAGAGCCACAGCGCCGUCAUCCCCAGCGCCCGCUCCUCCAAGUCCAGGCCCGGCGCUGCCCAGCCGCUCUGCAUCCUCUGCGUUACCUAUGUCCUCAGUGGAGUGGAGCAGCCGACCCUGCAGCUCUCCCUGGACCAGACCACCCACCGAUACUGAACCAGCGAUCCCUCUGUGAUCUAUUUAAGUUAUUCUGGUUAAACUGCUAUUAAUUCACUCAAUGUGUGAUUCGUGAAUGAAAUCGUAUCUGCAUUUACUGCAGGUUCAAAGGAGAAACUUUCGCAGAUCACAGAUGUCACAGUUUUAACUCUUCUUACAGCCAAAUCACGCCACUUUGCAUAAUGGAUGCAGCAACGUGUCACUCUAAAACUGAAAGCUUCAGAUGAGCCCUGUGGUUGGAGACAGUUGACGGGGCGAAGUGAGAGUUGGAAAUUGUUGAAGUUUGACUUUUUUUUGACCUCUCAAGUCCUGACCUUACAUCCUCUGGGGUUUCCUGCUGAGCCACCUGACACGUGGGGUGACAACUGACGUACAGUACACACACACACACACACACACAGAGACAUAAACAACCGCACUCUAUAGCGAGAUCGGCUUUGUGCUGAUGAGGAGAUGUGAGCAGACGCAAGUCAAAACCACAGCUUCCUGAAUAAAGACACACGAUAGGAAAGUUCUCGUGGGAACGUUUUCAACUUUUUACCUCUUGGCCUCUACACACACACACACACACACACACACACACACACACACACACACACACACACACCAGAUUCGUAUACUACAUUCUGCACAUGUGAGCACUGGGGUUGUGCAGUCAUGUCUACACGUCUUCAUUAAAUCUGUAGCAUUUAAGAAAAAAGCGUUUAUUUUAAUUUGCUUAUAAUGUGUUAAUACAUGAAUUAACUGAUAUUAUUUUAUUAUUUUUUUAAGUCUGAAUUAUGCAAUAUCCACUGCUUUACCUGAGUAUUAUUCGUGUCACUCUUCUAUGACACCUUUUCGUAUAUUGUACAUUCCAAAUAUAUGAUUAAUUUUUAUAAAUCAAGUGACUAAUACACUGUCUUUGUUUAUAACAGUUUAGCACACGUGAUAUAUUUCAAUGAUUCCUUCAAGCUUUUACUUUAAGUAAGUGACUUUUUUUCAAACUAGGUGUAACUGUACAGUACUUGAGUGUGUUGCUGUGUUUAUAGUUUCACUUUAAGUAAAUGCGUUUGAGACCUCAUGUACAAAUCACCAAAUAAAAGCUUAGGGUUUA